AUGGCUACUGGUCCAGCUACUCAAUCCCUCAAGUGUGUGGUGACGGGUGAUGGUGCGGUAGGAAAAACAUGUCUCCUGAUUUCGUACACGACCAACGCUUUCCCCGGCGAAUAUAUCCCUACCGUAUUUGACAACUACACCGCUAGUGUGAUGGUAGAUGGCCGGCCGAUUAGCUUGGGACUUUGGGAUACUGCUGGACAGGAAGAUUACGACCGUCUUCGCCCAUUGUCCUACCCGCAAACCGACGUCUUCCUGAUCUGCUUCUCCAUCGUUAGCCCGCCGUCCUUCGACAACGUUAAAGCCAAGUGGUUCCCGGAGAUUGAACACCAUGCCCCCAACGUCCCCAUCAUCCUGGUCGGCACCAAGCUCGAUCUGCGAGACGACCGUGGUACCAUAGAUGCGCUCCGACAGCGAAAGAUGGAGCCCGUCUCCUACGAACAAGCUCUGGCUGUGGCCAAGGAAAUCCGGGCACACAAGUACCUCGAAUGUUCGGCCCUGACGCAGCGCAACCUGAAGAGUGUAUUCGACGAGGCGAUCCGCGCUGUCCUCAAUCCCCGGCCUGCGGCCAAACCGAAGAACAAGAAAUGCGUGAUUCUGUAG